CGAGGGAGAGAAGCGGGGGACGGCGGACCCUGUAGGGACCAGGCCGGGCACGGGGGCCGUGCCACCCUGGGACUCUCAGCCUGCCAGGCCUUCGAGGCAGGUCCCAGCUCGCCCGCCGGGGAGACGUCCGGGACCCCCCAUCCACCCCGACCGCCGCCUCGGAGCCGAGUUGCGCUGAUCGGGCCUGGAUCUCCGCUGGCUCCGCGGCCUGUGGCCAUUAGGCCUGCCAAGAGAGAGCUGCCUUUCGUGCCAACAGCCCAACCGGGCCAGGCCCCCAGGCCGGAAUGGAGCAGCUGGGAGCCGGUGCCCCGCUGCCCGACCCCGGCGGCAGCGACUUUGACCGGAACGUGCCCCGGAUCUGCGGCGUCUGCGGGGACCGGGCCACUGGCUUCCAUUUCAACGCCAUGACCUGCGAGGGCUGCAAGGGAUUCUUCCGGAGGAGCAUGAAGCGGAAGGCCCUCUUCACUUGCCCCUUCAACGGCGACUGCCGCAUCACCAAGGACAACCGACGGCACUGCCAGGCCUGCAGGCUGAAGCGCUGCGUGGACAUCGGCAUGAUGAAGGAGUUCAUCCUGACGGACGAGGAGGUGCAGCGGAAACGGGAGCUGAUCGUGAAGCGGAAGGAGGAGGAGGCCCUGCGGGCCAGCCUGCGGCCCCAGCUGUCCGAGGAGCAGCAGCGCCUCAUCGCCAUCCUCCUGGAGGCCCACGCCAAGACCUAUGACCCCACCUACGCCGACUUCACUCGGUUCCGGCCCCCAGUGAGAACGGCCAUGCAAGAGGAGCCGUACCCGUUCCGGGCAUCCUCCGCCGUGCCUUCCGGCUCCUCCUCAGAGGACUCAUCCCUGGACCCCUACUCUGUCUUCUCAGAGCCCAGGGAGCCCCCCGCCUUCUCCAGCUCGGCCCGGAGCGACGACCCGGACGGUGACCCCAUGACCCUGGGCCUAUCCCAGCUGUCCAUGCUACCCCACCUGGCCGACCUGGUCAGCUACAGCAUCCAGAAGGUCAUCGGCUUCGCCAAGAUGAUCCCGGGAUUCAGGGAGCUGAGCGCCGACGACCAGAUCGCGCUGCUCAAGUCGAGCGCCAUCGAGGUGAUCAUGCUGCGCUCCAACCAGUCCUUCCUUGCCGAAGACAUGACCUGGACCUGCGGCAGCGACGACUACAAGUACUGCAUCAGCGACGUGGCCAAGGUUCCAGAUGGGGCUGAAGAAACUCAACCUGCACGAAGAAGAGCACGUGCUGCUCAUGGCCAUCUGCAUCGUGUCCCCCGACCGGCCGGGCGUGCAGGACGCGGCCCGGGUGGAGAGCCUGCAGGAGCGCCUGUCCACCACGCUGCAGAGCUACAUCCGCGCCCGCCACCCGCCGCCCGGCUCGCACCUGCUCUACGCCAAGAUGAUCCAGAAGCUGGCGGACCUCCGCAGCCUCAACGAGGAGCACUCCCGCCAGUACCGCUGCCUCUCCUUCCAGCCCGGCAGCAGCACCAAGCUCACCCCGCUCGUCCUCGAGGUCUUCGGCAACGAGAUCUCCUGAGGGGGCCCCGGGCCCCCCGCCGCCCCGCGGGCCGGAGCCGCCCCCGUCCCCACAGUCGCAGGAACUCCCGGGGUGGGGCGGGAGGCCGGGUGGGGACACCCGCUACUCCCAGAAAAGGCCUCUACUCAGGGACACAGUCGCCUGCCUGGCUUCCCCCAGGCCCGGGACACCCGGGUCACCGUGGGGAGGUUGGGUGCCCCCCUUCCCACCCCCCAAACACACACAGAGCCCCCGCACUCCGAGUCCUCAAGCAGCAACAUUGGCCUCUCCCUCUGUGAGCCCGCUCGGCCUCCUCCACGGCAGUCGCCGCCCCGGCCCUCCUCCCCGGGCCUUCUCCCGGCCUGAGGACCGAGCCCGCCCAUCCCGAUUGGCACCUUGUCUUCCCACCCCUCAACCCGGCCCGAGCAUCGACUCCCUAGUGCCCACUGCCCCUUCAAAGGCACCAGGUACACCCCAACCCAGCCCGGCAACCCCGACUGCGCGGCGGAGGUCGCGACCUCGGCCCAGGCCGGUGGGCGUCACGGCCACCGUGCCUCUGACGAGCCUCUGGAAGUAAUUUGGACUUCCCAAGCGCUUAGUACAGUGCUCUGCACAUAGUAAGCGCUCAACAAAUACGAUUGAUGAUGAUGAGCCGGCGCCGGGGCGAGCGGGUGACGGCAGCUCCCGGGGCCAAGCUUUCUCCCCUCGAGGCUGGCAUCCCCCUGCCUCCGCGCCCCCCAGCUGGCAGGACCAGACGCCCCCGAACCCCGUGACCCAUCCUGUGGUCCCCUCCCCGCAGGCUUGGGGAGGGGCAGGCCCGGACCCCGGAACCGGGCUGGGCCACGGCCACAGCAGCCAAGCAGCAGGGUGGGGAGGGGGGCCGCCAGGGCCAACCGAACCGCCUCGCCCCCUCCCCAGCAACCCCCCUCAACCCCUGCCACCGCCGCCACUGUUGUACAGUGCUGUCGCUAACUCAAUAAAGUGCAUCAGCUUUAUG